ACCUUCAACAGGAUGGUGGAGCAAACUUUUGAUAACGAGGACUUUGCGGCGCAAGUGACAGUUUUGGCUAGGAAUGCCACGGACUUGGCAAUUUCCUCCAAAAGCUUAUACGCGACCAUAAACAUUAAUGUCUCAAGUUCAGUGACCCUGCAUGAGCUUGCACAGUGCACCCCCGACAUAGCAAACUCAGCCUGUAAGAGUUGCUUGCUUUUGGCUAUCAAAGAGUUUCCUACCGUCCUUAAUUAUAAAAGGGGAGGUGCGAGAAUUCUUCAGCCAAGUUGUAAUGUACGGUACCAAAUGAAUUUUAGUGGGGAACCUAGAGGAAAAGCACCAGCACCUUCUACAACAAACAAAACCAGCAGUGAGUCCGGCAGUGAAGGUAUGAGUUAUCUAAUUCUAAAAAUGGGCACACAAUUUGUCAUGGUAAGCCUAUAAUGGUAUCAUUCCGUUGCUUCUAAUUAUCAAUAUAAGCUGCUUUAUGUAUCAUAUUGCACUUGAUUUACUUUUACUGUACUCGCGUUCUUUCCAAGUUCAAGAAAAAAAGACUAUUGAUGCACCAAGAAAUAUUUCCUUCGCUUUCUGGCUUUCAUGCCUGAUCCUCUUCAUCCUAGAUUCCCAGGCACUCCUGCCGGUGGACUGACAUAUGUUCAGGAGUGGUGCUUAGCUAGGGGCAACUACGCUGCUUUUACCAAGUUUCAGAACAACCUCAGCAGCCUCCUCUCCAAGGGCAACUCCGCUGAUUACAGCAAAGGACCCAUUGGCGGUUUCUACAACACAACGGAAGGUGAAGAUCCGGACAAAGUUUAUGGUCUCUUCCUCUGCAGGCGAUGUUGCUGCCAAUCGCUGUCAGUCUUGCAUCCAGGAAGCUAGCAACACCCUCGUGGAAAGAUGUCCUGGACAGAAAGAGGGGACCCUUGGU